GGUAAGGAGGCGCAUGCGCAGAUGACUUCACAUCAACCGUGAGUUCGACUGGCAUAUAAAACUCGCGCUGGCGGAGUCCGCUGGAAUUAGCCUACUGUAGUCUGUGGCACCGAAACUCUCCGCUUCCUCAGUGGACGCCUGAUAACUGGCUCUCAUUACUAACGAGACACAUUUAACUGUCUUGGCAUCUUGUUGGAGUUGGAUAAGAGAUGACGGGUCCCUAGCGACGCUAAAGGGUGGCCUGAAUCUCGACCAAAGAGAAAUAACAACUGAAGACAACAUUCGAAGUUGGCAUGAAGCAGCGCGCUUCGUAACGCAUUCAAUCUAAGAAGAUUUAUGUCCAGGAUUAUAGCUCGGAUUCUCUCAGAUUUCUCCCGUAUGACUAUAUCUUAAAUAGAAGAUCCACCUGGUUCAUUUGAAGUGUUUUGGAAGACAGUUUGUGUCGUGAUGAACUCCAGGAGCACGUUGGUUCCAGCAGUGGUGCUGUCCAGCGUCCUGCUCCUUCACUUCGCUCCUUUGUGUGUUAAUGGUGGCAGUUCAUUUAUCUCCAAUUCUACUGGCACUAAUUCCUCAGACCUGAAUGGGGUGGGGCUUAAGUCUGCACUUCCUGGUGAAGUCACACCUAUUGCCCAGGCCCAAGUUCACUCUCGAAAACCACGAGCUGGAGAAGAGUCAGGCAGCGGUGGAGAAACCUCAACCAGUACUGUUGAUUCAGCCGAAAGGGAACGCCUCAUUGAUCUGACGAUAGAUGGCAUGGCUGCCCGGCUGGCCACGCUGGCUGAACCCCGGACACGUGGCCUGUCCCAGCUGGAUUUUAGCGAGGAGAGAAUCGAGGACAGCGCCCCGCGCUGGAAGAGCGAGAGACUACAAGCAGAUGGGACGUUGUUAGAUCCUGUCACGAGUCCUGCUCCUGAGUCCACCUCUUCCCAACCAGAAGAAGUUAUCACGGUGAAUUUUUACAAUCCUUCUCACCAACAGCAUGUGCUUGAUCCUCCUGCUUGGGUUCAGGAGCUCCAGGGUGGAGAUCCAACUUCCUGGACCCUUUCUGAUUUUUAUGAUUAUCUGUCACCUGACUAUUCGCCCACUGAAGUUUACCUAGAGGAAAGCCAACCAACGCCACCUGACAUGGAAGAUGAAAAUGUUCUUCUCAUAGCCAGCGCAGUUCCCUCCAACACUAAAGUUAUCACCUCUGAUGAUGGAUCUGGAGAAACUUCACCUGGAGCAUCAGAUGUGCUCAACUCGGGUUGUCUCUAUGGAUUUGUGCAUUAUAAUGGCACAUGUAUCUCGUCAUGCGACAUCUUCCCCAGUUACUGCUUCAAUGGAGGACAGUGCUAUGUGGUUGACGGUAUUGGAGCUUUUUGCCGGUGUAACAUUCAGGAGUAUAUCUGGAACAAGGGCUCCAGGUGCGAGUCGGUCAUUUCAGAUUUCCAAGUGAUGUGUAUAGCAGUGGGCGGAGCUGCCAUCAUGUUGCUCCUCCUCUUCAUGGUUGUAGUCUUUUUCUCCAAGAGGAUGCACGUGCUUAAGACUGAAAACAGACGACUUUGCAAGCACAGUAAGUUCCGCCCAAAGUCGGAGCAGCACAUCGAUAACUUCUCGCUGUCCACCGUCGCAGAGGGCUCUCAGGCAAAUGUAAGGAAACUGUGUGACACCCCGACUAACCUCCCCCAUGCCCGUGCUUUGGCUUACUAUGAUAACAUUAUGUGUCAGAAAACCAUGAGCAGAUACACGUGGGAAUAUAAACCUAAAGAAGAUCCCUGCAGCGAGGAUUGCACUUGCAAAGAAGAUCCAUGCAAAUGUCCCCCUAAAGAGGAUGAGUCUUUGAACAACCAGAACUUGCUCACGCCAAAACUGGAAAACGACACGGCCGCCACAGAAGACAAUGCGGAGGAGGUAAAUUCAAUGCAGAACAACAUGAACAACGUGUAGUAACACCCUUUUGCCACAAGCUGGCGCUAUGACUGUAGCAAGACACACAUUUGACACCUUGAAAUUACUAAAAUACCCUAAUUAGUGGACUAAACAUUGACAUGGCACUCUUCCUUGCAUUCACCUCAAGAUGGCUCAGUGUGGGCUUCAAAACACACAAACGAAGCACUGAACUAGCAUGCUAACUUAUGUUUGUACUCUGUCAUCACACGGUGGAGUUCCUACCGCCAGAGUACCUUACCAGCACAUUGGCGUUGCCACAUUCACCUUGUCCUUGCUUGCUGUGCCUGCUGAUGUCACGCUGCUUCGUGUUAUGUCAAGCUUUGUACUGUGUUCCGCUAAGUCACGCUACGCUAUGAAAUGCUUCACCCACAACCCAAAGGUUUAGCCGCCAGGUUUUCAACCUUUGACCUUCAGUCUUCACCGCUGUCACCUUCUGAACUCCUGUCUGUCCUGCCUUACUCAAGUCAGCAUGCAUUGGUUUUCUUUCGAAUAAAAAAAAACAAAAAACAAAACGUCUGUGGGAAAUAACGUAGCUAUUUAGACUGUGUAAAAAAAAAAAAAUUCUGAGAUAUGUAGAUGUUUGUUGACUUAUUCAGUGCGUAUGUCUGAAUAUAUAUACAAAUACUGCUUGGAUUAAUAUUUAUGUGCAGUAUCAUACAGUUUUAAUGCUCAUUGUGUCUUUAAACUAAUUGAUUUCUAAUUAUUU